AUGCCCGUUUCGCAGUUCUCCAGUCUCCUAAAAACGCCUAAGGAGCCCAACAAGUCUUCUGGUCCAUUCGCCCCAUCAGGUUCCAUCUGCAAAGCGCACAACAUCUACCAGACUAGACAUGACGCGGUCGGUCUCACGUCAUGGACCAAGCAAUUGCCAGACUACGCUGAGGACCCAGCAGAAGAUCCAGAAUCCCGUCAGUACGCGCUUGUCGUGCGAAACGCCAAGUGUUACAAUGGAACCAAGAGCCUCGAGAUCCAUUCGAUCGUCUUCCAGAGCGAGCCGCUCAAGAAGUUCCUAGCCGAUGUUUUCAAGGGAUAUCCAGGCCACACGCUAGCUCUUGCACGCGUCGAGUUCCACGCCAAUUUCAGGCCCUUUAUCCAUCGCAGCCAAAGCCCACGAGACCUGUUGUAUACCGUUCUGGAAGAAGAGCUUCGUGAUGUGAUCUCCCAGAAGAACGACCUCAUUGCCAACGCCGUCAUUACCUACAACCUGCUCUACGCUAUGUUUGAGCCAGACGAGCCAAUCUACAGUGUCAUUGGUGGCCGUCAGCGCGCUUUCGUCUUCCAGAAGGGUUUCCAUGAUACUCGCAGUAGAAGUUUCGUCAUCACGGGAAAAUACAUUGACUAUGACGGCAAAGCAUUUGGCUUCAUGGAAAACAGCUUCUCAAUCCCUGCCUUUGAAGGAACCACUCCUAUCACUUCGCUAUCCGUACUUCCGUUGAAAUACCACAGUGAUCACGCUACGAUUCGCGAAGAGCUGAUUGCUCGUGGAGCACUGUGGGGGCAGCACAAGGGCUAUCAAUCCAUGCAAUACGAAGGUGUCGCCAACGGCUACUACUAUGAAAAGGAGACAAAGUUCAACGUCAAAGGCCGCAUCGUCAUCGACACGGAGGCAUAUAGCACGUUCAACCCGGACGUAGCGCCCAUUUUCGCUUCGAACACUGUGACCUAUUCCGGUUAUCAGGACGAUCCCUAUGGUGAUGACAUGCAACUGCGCGCAGCCCACAGUAACCGCUUGUACGGCAGAAACAGAAGGGCGCUCAACGAACAGACUCCGUUACCUUCUACCAUAUCUGAUACACUUACUGACGAGCAGCACCUCAUCGCCACCCCCAUUGUUCGUGGCUACUCCCUCAGCAACAAGCAAUGGCUGGAGUUCUACCUCGACGGUGCAAAGGACAUUGUCUGGAACUCGAAGGCUUUUGACUCCUUGGUCCUUCCUCACGCCCAGCAGGAUCUGAAACAGCUGAUCCUCGCCUUUGCAAAUGCGCAAUCCAAAAGCGCAAAGUCUUCGACGACGUUGUGCAGGGCAAGGGCCUUGGUAUCAUCAUGCUUCUCAGUGGCCCGCCUGGAGUUGGGAAGACUCUGACCGCAGAGAGCGUGGCAGAGGUUCUGAAAGUUACCCUUUACGUGCUCAGCGCAGGAGACCUUGGAACACAAGCCCACAUACUCGAGAGUAAGCUCAAAGAUAUUCUCUCUAUCGUUCCCAAGUGGGGCGCAGUUCUUCUUCUCGAUGAGGCGGAUAUAUUUAUGGAGGAGCGCAGUAGUUCUGACUUCCAUCGCAAUGAGCUCGUCUCGAUCUUUUUGAGGUUGCUCGAAUACUAUGAGGGCCUCCUCUUCCUCACCAGCAACCGCGCCGAAAACCUCGAUCCCGCUUUCGAAUCCCGCAUCCACGUCGCGAUUGAAUACCCCGAGCUAAACAUCGCAGCUAGACGACAGAUCUGGGCCCAGUUCCUCAGUGGCAUCGACGUCGAGUCUUUCUCAAGCGAUCAACUUGACUCGUUGGCGGCAAUCACACUCAAUGGGAGACAGAUUAAGAAUGUGGUCAAGACUGCGUAUCUGUUGGCUAGUGAGCAGGAUAGAAAACUUGGGUAUGAUUUGGUCCAGACGGUUUUGAGGGUGAGGGGGUCAGGGCUGGGCUGGUUUGAUGCCAAGUUCAUUCCUGUGGCAAUUUGCUCAGGAAAUUUUGGCUUAGAUAGCAUUGGGAUGGGUUGGGUC